AUGGCCCAUCAUGCAACCAGGUCUCAGUAUGGGAUCCGUAGGUAUGAUGAUCUCGACGCUACACCAGUACUCGAGAGCCCCAUCGACACCUACAAAAGUCUGACCUUCAACGCCUUCGUUCUCGCCGGACCAUCUACACCCGGCGUAAAGGUUGGCGGCGUCGCCAACCAAUCCCCACCAAACGCCGUGCUGACUUCCGUGACUGAGACAUUGACAAAUGGCACACCUUCCAUCGUCGUCGCGAAGUCUUACAAGUCUUGGAGCCUCUGA